AUGACAUUACCCGAACAAAUUGACGGUGAAAAUAAAAAACGAUUUAUACGUGCUUUAAAUAUAUUCUAUCCCACAACAAUUGAUAAUGUAGAAGAUAAAGCGUGUGGUAUCCGGUUUACAUUCAAAAUUUACUGGAAUCCUUCAUCAGAUCUGGCAGUAGUAAUAAAAGAUUAUGUUGUAUUUGAAACAAACUGGAUGUAUUUACCCAGAGGGUAUUAUACAGUUAAAAAAAUGAUUAAAGUAUUAAAUAGUUUUGUACAAGAAUAUGGCAUGAAUUUUACAUUAUUACCCGGUGGUCGCGUUGGUUUAUCGUUGGGUAUUACACCAUCUUAUUUUUAUAGUUAUUAUUACGGUGAUGGUUUUACAAAAAAUGAAUAUACUGUAAAAUCAGCUAACGAUUUCGAUUUUGAAAUGACCAAAGAUUUAAAGUAUAUGCUUGGUUUAGACGAGUAUGUGUUGCAUCCCGAUGUUGAGGCUCUGAUUACACAAUACCCGGCAUUUUUCAAAAACCAGCAGCAAAUGAAAGCAGUUUUAACAAAGAUUAUAAACACUAAAAUACUAGGUUUACCCAUAAAUAAACUAUGGUAUUUUUUCUAUGGUAAAUAUGCACCUGAUAUGACCAAUGGAAAAACACGUAUGUUUAUUUAUUGUGAUGAAGUUGUCCCCUCAAUUAUAGGCGAUGUUUGUGGACCAUUAUUAGCACAAUUACAAAUUAAGCGCCAAGAUGAUGAUAAUAUACUUGAAAUAAUACAUACCCACGAUUUACCAGCGAUAACCCAUGAAUUAAUUAAUACACAAAUAAAAAAUUUACAUAUAAGAAUAUGUGAUGUGGAAAAUAAGUUAAUACAGUUUAACAGCGGUAGUGUUGGCAUUGAGUGUAUUAUUGAAUAA